AUGGCCUUCAUUUCUGCGCUCUCUUCUAUUGGUCUGAAAACAGGUACUGUUACCCGCGUUGCAUGCGUGACUCGGGUACCGGCGCGUGGUCUGCGAAUGCAGGCACCGUCGGGAGCGACGAUGCCCUCUAUGCCGUUUCUGAAACGCCCCUCGAAGCUCGAUGGGUCGCUUCCCGGUGGAGAAGGCUGUUUCGACCCGCUGGGUUUCACGGAAGUGUUUUCGCUCGAGUGGCUGCGCGAGGCAGAAAUCAAACACUGCCGGGUUGCCAUGCUCGCAGUUCUCGGGGUUAUCGCGCAGGAGUUUGGGACGUUCGAUUUUUACAACGCAAAGUCGAAGCUUCAGCUCUCACCGGACUUGCACAACCAGUUCGUUCAGAAUGGGGCACUGCAGCAAAUUCUGCUCUUCGUUUGUGCGUGGGAGUUCAUCGUCGGACUCCCGGCGCUUAUCGAGUCUGUGAACGGGAACCGUGAGCCGGGCUACUUCGGCUUUGACCCGUUGAAACUCGGUGGCACCGUCGGUAGUGCUCAGUGGAAGCGUAUGCAAGCCGGUGAACUGCGCAACGGAAGGCUUGCCAUGAUCGCUUUCGGCGGCUUCUUCCAUCAACAGUUGCUCACAAAGCAGGGUAUCAUCGAGCAGCUCGCGCACUUUAACGCGAUCAAACCGAACUGA